AUUCGUAAAGUAUAUCUUACUUUCUCCUCAUACUCUCAUCUUCCUCACCCUGUUGACAAAAAGUCAAAAUCGCCUAACCAGAAAAAUAUUGAAGAAAUGAAGAUAACCGACAAGAUAUCAAGUCUUGAGUCAGAUCAACCUUACUAUUCUUUUGAAUUCUUUCCGCCCAAAACCGAUGAAGGUUUAGCAAAUCUUUAUAAUAGACUUAAACGUAUGUCUCUUUUGGAACCUCUAUUUGCAUCAUUCACGUGGGGAGCGGGUGGUAGUACUAUAGAUAAAACAUUAGAAAUGUGCACCACCUCUCAAGGAUUAUAUGGAUUUGAGACUUGUAUGCAUUUAACUUGUACGAAUGUUGUGAGAGAAAUAGUAGAGAAUGCGUUGAAAGAAGCCAAGAAUGCAGGUAUACAAAAUAUAUUGGCCUUACGCGGUGAUCCCCCACGUGGUCAUGAGUAUUGGAGUUCUUGUGAUGAUGAAUUUACACUCGCGAUUGAUUUAGUAAAAUAUAUUCGAAAAAAAUAUGGAGAAUGGUUUUGUAUUGGAGUAGCAGGAUAUCCUGAUUCUACUGAUAAAGAACAAGAUUUAAAAUUUCUUAAAGAAAAAGUUGACGCUGGAGCAAAUUUUAUUAUUACACAAUUUUUCUACGAUGUUGAUUCAUUUGUUGAAUGGGAAAAGAAAUGUCGUGAAAUUGGUAUUAUGCCAAUUCAAGGUUAUAAUAGUUUUCGAAGGAUUACAAAUCUUUGUAAGAUAAAAGUACCCGAGGAAAUAUUAAAUGCUUUAGAAAGUUUUAAGCACGAUGAUCAAGCGGUAAAAGAAUAUGGAGUUUCCCUUACCGUAUCAAUGAUUUCAAAGUUAUUGGAAAAUAAGACAAGAGGAUUUCACAUAUGUACAUUGAAUUUGGAAAAAUCGGUUCGUUUGAUAUUGGAAAAAUUGAAAUUCGUACAAACCGAAGAAGAAAGAGCCAUGAGACGUUUAAAUAGACGUAGAUCUAGUGCCGGAUUUAUUCCAAAUGAUAUAAUUAGACAGGAACCUGAUGGAUCAGUUCCAGCCGCAAAACCAGUUAUAUGGAACGAACAAAAUGCAGAUUAUAUAGGAAAACCAGAAGAUUGGGAUAAUUUUCCAAAUGGACGAUGGGGUGAUGCUAGAUCACCUGAUGGUUAUGGAGUAUCAUUGAGAAUCCCUGUAACAUUACCUUGGUCUGAAGAACCAUUAUUAAAAGAAACUGAUAUAAUACGACCGAAUCUUAUUAAAAUGAAUGAACUCGGUUUCUUAACAAUCAGUUCACAACCUGCUGUUAAUGGUGCAAAAAGUUCCGCUCCUGAUUUCGGUUGGGGCCCAAAAGGUGGUUUCGUUUAUCAAAAAGCUUUUGUCGAAUUUUUCAUAAGUCCGGAAAUGUUUGAGAAAUUAACUAAAUCUAUUGAUAAGAAUGUUUGGGUUACUUAUUAUGCUGCAAAAAGAAAUGAUGAAUUUUUUGAAACUAAUAUAAAAGAAGAAACACCGUCUGCAGUGACGUGGGGAGUUUUUCCUGGCAAGGAAAUUAUUCAACCGACCAUAAUUGAAGAAUUAAUUUGGUAUAUCACAAUUACGUAG